GGAAGCGGAGCUGCUUCUCCAAUGACGCCGAACUGACGAACAAUAGCUCAACUCGAACCUAAAGCUUUUAUCCUCUACUAAUAGUCUGUUUAGAUGCAGCUUUUGCUUUUGCCAGACGUGCGCUCAUUGGAAUGACCAGAAUCGCGCCAAAAGUGAGUCACAGAAUGCAUAAGUCAGUGUUGAGAAAAUUAGAACUUCUUGUUUGUCUCCAGAGCUUCUUAUCAGCAGUCCUCAGUGCUUCACAUGAUGAGACAUACUUUGAAUACGUGCCUGACCAUCUGCAGUGGCAGGUAGCAGAGAGUUUGUGUAAGCAGCGUUCAGGAGCCUUAGCCUCCGUAUCCAGCUCUGCAGAGAACCAAGAGAUCUCUACCUUCCUCCAAUCCCUGAACAUUUCUCAGCCAGUGUGGAUUGCCAGGAAAACUGUGGCACACACACGAGGUUCUGAAAGCCUCAUUCUGGAGUUCGCUGGGCGGUCGGACACGAAGAGCGCUCGUCUCAAACACAAGUUUACAUCUAUGGACUCCAUGACUGUUUGCACCAGGCUUCGUUUUGAUCCAAACUGCUUUGGAAUUUCCACUGUCUAUUCCUACUCCAUCCCGUCAUGCAUUAAUGAAUUUCAGCUUCGUGCAAACCUAAUCAAGGCAAAGCCCGUGCAGCUGGCUCUGAUGGUCCAUGGCAUCCAUGGGCCUUACCAUGAAGCUUUUGAGCAUGACAGCUCCUGGCACUCAGUCUGCGUUUCAUGGAGCCAAAAUGGAGGACACUGGGCCAUAUUUGCAAAUGGGACUUCUGUCUCCGAGGGCGAUGGCUUACACAGCUCCAACCGCACUGGCCCUGAUGGUCUUUUUGUUAUCGGCCAGGAGCAGGACACCUUCGGGGGUUCAUUCAAAAAGCAUGAAUCAUUCUCUGGUAGCAUCACAGAACUGCACGUUUGGGAUCGAGAGCUGACCAGGGACGAAAUCCUCAAUAUGGAAAACCAGUGUUCACCUCUUCUUUCUGGGCUUGUGUUCAAAUGGAGUGAAGAGGCCUUGGAAAUAGAAUCCACAGUCACAAAGUUAAAAGACAGGAUCUGUCAAGCUAACAGUGCAAUUUCAAACCCUCUCCUGGGAUUGUUGAACGGCAACCUCUUUCCCAACUCAAACCUCUCGUUCAAAGUGUUUACCAGUAUACCGGAAAUGGAGCAGUGUGCUAUCUUUGAUCCGGUUCUACAAAAUAUGACUCAGACCGCAUGCGAUUCAUACCAAGGGGCUGUUUGCAAGUUUAAGAAAGAAACAAUAGAGGGUUCUAAUGUACCAAAGACACCGUUUUUAAGUAGAUGGAACAAGGCUCGCCUGUACAAACUGAAUACCAAAGAAUCAAGCAUGAAUACUUCGUUGGCAUUGUUGCAGCAGUUGACUCAAGUUGUCUUACGUGAUUUUGAAACCGGGGCCCUGUCCACUAUGUCCUCAGAGGAUGUUCUUUUUGUGUUGAGUGAAAUUGAGUCUGGACUGUCUUCUGCCACUGCUUCAGAAGUCUUGGUGUCAAUUGCUACAAACUUUAUUAAACUGGCUAGUCUGCUGCUGGAGCCCCACAUGGCGGCACAGUGGAUGGGACAGACAGAAGAUGGAGAUAGUGUUGGACCAUUUAAUAUUGUUAAAACUAUUGACAUUCUCACUGAAACUCUUGCUGACAUGUUCUCGGUAGAAAAACGCAAUUUUACGCUCUUCACAAAAAAUAUAGGUGUCUACAUGAAGUGCCAAACUCUUUCUAAUACAAGCAAAAGUGAAGUCUUUAAACCGUCCUCUGUGGCUCCUCACUCCUCCGUUAGCAGCAAUGACCAGGACGAGCUGCUCAUAUCUGACACAGAACUUCAGAAGUUACACUCACAGGGAUAUGAAGAUGUGAUUCUUAUUCACACCCACUACAGCAAUCUGAAUGACAUUUUGGCUGGAGCUGAGCACGCUGCGCAUAAUGAUAAAACCUCACCUAAAGACAAUGUAAGAGCUGACCCUCAGCAUCUGGCCUCUGCUGUCAUAUCAGCCACUGUUAGAGGCGGUGUAAAACCAAACAGCGUCCCUGUUACAGUUCAUUAUACACUUUCAACUCCUCAUAAGGCCAAGUCUACCCAGCAGAGUGUUUGUGCCUUUUGGAAUUUCAGCCUCGUGCAGAUGAACAGCUGGUCCAGUGAUGGCUGCACAGUUUUAUCUGCAGAUGCUGGUGUUGUGACCUGUCAGUGCAACCACACCACAAACUUUGCAGUGCUCAUGAAUUACCUUGAGUCAGAGUGGAGUCCAGAGGAGGAGCUCAUCUUGACCAAACUGACAUUUAUCGGCUGCGGGGCCUCUCUUUGUGCUCUCGUGGUGACCUUGAUGCUGUUUACCGUGCUGGACAUUCCUAAAUCAGACAGAACAUCUAUCCAUAAAAACCUUUUCAUUGCUCUGAUCUGUGCUCAAGUGAUUCUACUGUGCAGUGGCUCCGCGAUCCACAACAAGGUGGCAUGUACACUCGUGGCGGCCCUGCUUCACCUCUUCUUCAUGGCUGCGUUCAGUUGGAUGCUGGUGGAGGGGCUACUGCUCUGGAGUAAAGUGGUGGCAGUAAACCUGAGCGAGGACCGGCACAUGAAGUACUACUAUCUGAUUGGCUGGGGUCUGCCCGUGUUAAUAGUCACUAUCACACUGGCCUCAGCCUCAGGCAAAUACUCAGCUGAUGGCUACUGCUGGCUUAGUGUCCAGACUGGUGUCAUCUGGGGCUUUGCUGGACCAGUCAUCUUCAUAAUUAUGGUGAAUAUCCUGGUGUUAACUCGAGUCGUGGUCAUCACAAUCUCCACAGCCAAAAGAAGAUCCAUCUUAUUGGCCAUGGGAGCCAGCCCCGUGGAACAGGCCUAUGAGCAAAUCAGGGCUGCAGUGAAAGCUGUGCUGGUUUUGCUGCCUAUCCUGGGUCUGACGUGGCUCUUUGGCAUCUUGGUCCCUUUCUCCAUCGUCAUGGCGUAUAUUUUCAUCAUUCUCAACUCCUUACAGGGCCUGUUCAUCUUCCUGAUAUAUGGGGUGUACAACACAGAGGUUCGGAGCACAGUCAACAGGAUCAAGGAAAGAAGAAAGGCACUUAAUUUUUCAAACUGUGCCAGCUCCAGACCAUCCAGCUCCAUGACCAGCUCUCGUCCCACCAGUCUGCCCCUUGGCACCGGCCCGAGCCAGGAAGAGGAGGCCAACAAUAUGUCCACCUGCAGCAGUGCCCCAGGCCCUGCCCAAGAGGAAGAGGCAACAACAGGUCAUCUGUCCAUGCCCUCUGCUCCGGGGAGAACAGAAAAUCCUCCUAGCCACACUUCCAACGCCACUCAAACCAAACCCAGAAAGGCGGCUGUCGGUUCAGAGGUGGACUCUGUGCCAGUGGGCUGCAGUCUUCACGUUCCCAUGGAUCUGGAGUUCUCUGCUUCCUGUUUCCCUCUGGGCCCUCGGACAAACCACCGUCUCGUCCACAUCGACUGACACCAGCCUCUCAC